GCAGCAAGUUAGCUUGCUAGGCUGUCUGGCUGUGCUAAAAAAUGACCAAUCGCAACGCCACAAAGGAGGCGUUCCAGGCUACAUGGUUAGCUAGCUAGCUGCGUAAUCUCCUUACUGGCUGGCUGAAUCCAAGAUUUAGCUAGCCAUCUCAUGUCGUACUCACAGGACCCUCACAAGAGGAUAAUGGAGAUGCGAGUGAAAACUGAGGAGGAAGAAUUCGUGAUUUCUGAAACGACCACCUUUGGACUUCAUGAUGAAUACGACACCCUAGCAAUGAAAGCAGAGGCAGAGACUCACGUUGACAUCGCUGCGCAGUCAGCGCACUAUGGGCCUUGUAGUGAAACAUUGGAGUCAGAGAACCCAGGAGAGUGCAGUGUGACAGUGAAAAAAGAAAACGCAGCCCCUUGUGAUUCCACGUUGAAAUUAGAACACCUGGAGGAUGACCUUUCACUCUCUGCAGGUUGUUCAGUUGUUGGAAACAAUACUUCAGACCCUGCGGAAAUAACAGUAGUAAUUGAGAAUGACUCAGAGGCUAAAGACCCUGGUGCCCAGAAAAAGACAUCGAGAACGGGGCCUGAACGAAGACUUCGAGCCCAACAACAGGCACAACGUAGGAAGCUGAAUCCCAAGGUGUUCCACUGUGACAUUUGUGGCAAAGACAUCAAACACCUUCUUAGUUUUCAGGAGCAUCAGCGGAUGCACAGUGGCGAAAGGCCGUAUGAGUGCCCCCAGUGUCGCAAGAGGUUCAUCCGGUGUGCUGAUCUGAUCAAGCACCGGCUGGUUCACUCUGACCUUCGCCCUCAUGCCUGUCCUGUCUGUGGCAAGUGCUUCAAGCUGCAGGGAGACGUCACUAAGCAUCAGGCGGUGCACACGGCUGCCUACCCGUUUCGCUGCGGGUCCUGCGGCAAGAGAUUCAAGCGGGCGGCCUGCCUUACCAAGCACGAGCGUGUCCACUCUUCGGAGUGCCCCUACCGCUGCCCCACAUGUGGGCGCACCUUCAAAUGGGAGGCCUCGCUGACGGAGCACCAGCGCACCCACAGCGGGGAGCGGCCCUACGUCUGCCCAGAGGAGGACUGCGGGAAGAGCUUUGCCCAUCGCUCCACCUUCCUGCAGCACCAGCGCACCCACCAGAACCACCGGCAGUUCCACUGCCAGCAUUGCCACCACGGCUUCAAUCACCGCUCCAACCUGGUGAAGCACGAGCGUACGCACGGCCUUGGCGUCCAGGAGGACAAUUCCAGCGACAGAGACUCGUGCUGCAACCUAGACCACAGCGGAGGCAAAGCUGCAGGUUGAUCACUGACGGACAAAUAAAGGCAUUUCACAAUGCUGAGAGAAGCAAUACGUUUAGUAUUUUACUGCAGCCAGUGGUGCA